GUGUUCGAAAAUUGAAAACCCCUCCCUCGAAUCUUGGUCUCGUCGUGGAAGCUAGUGCAGCAGCAAUAGUGACCCUCCACGAUUUCGCCACCAUUUUCUCACCUCCUCUUUCUAUUUUUUCCUUUUGUGACUCUCAAUUUCGGAUCACCACACGACCAUUUCCUUCGUCUGCUUCAAAAUCCUUCCUAAACCUAUACCCUCCCUCCAUCCUCUUCUCUUUGUUUGUUUGUUUGACCCAAAAGUCUCUUCCUUGUUAUACUAAAUUUCUCUAGCUACUUUGGGUUUGGUUGUUUUCAUCACACGGAUUCUUACGACUCCCAAGUGUGUUUUUAGCGUCUUCUUUUUGCUUUGUUCUUCUUCCCCACUUUUGUGCUAAUAUAGAGUUCUAACUGCUUGGCCAUUGGGUUUAGAUCCUCUGUGAGAGAAACUCGAGUCAUUCUGAACUUGUAUGCUUGGUGGGUUCUUCGUGUUUGGAAAACAUGGGUGAUGGAAAAGACGAGAAAAAAGAGGGUGGUGAAGUCUCAGAGAAGAACAAGUGUGAGCCUAGUGCAGGGCGGAUGGUUAGACCACCCAGUGACAGUUCCUUGUGUGUGACAGAGGAUGAGGAGGAUGAUGACGAUGAUGAUGAGCUAGCAAAGAAAAUAGCGUUGGGCCCUCAGUGCACUCUCAAAGAACACAUCCAGAAAGAUGCGGAUGAUGAGAGCUUAAGGAGGUGGAAAGAACAGCUUCUUGGGGCUGUUGAUGUCAAUGCUGUUGGAGAAUCUCUAGAACCAGAGGUUAAGAUCCUGAGCCUUGCAAUUAAAUCGCCUGAUAGAUCUGAUAUAUUUCUUCCAAUUCCGGAGGAUGGAAAGCCCAAGGGCUUGUGGUUCACUUUAAAAGAAGGUAGCAAAUACAGCCUUGAGUUCACGUUCCAGGUCAGCAAUAACAUUGUUUCAGGUUUCAAAUACACCAACACAGUCUGGAAAACUGCUGUGAAGGUUGAUAGCACAAAAGAGAUGCUUGGAACCUUUAGUCCACAGUUGGAGCCUUAUACACAUGUUUUGCCCGAGGACACAACCCCAUCUGGUAUGUUUGCCAGGGGAACUUAUUCAGCUAGAAGCAAGUUUCUUGAUGAUGACAACACAUGCUACUUGGAGAUCAAUUACACCUUUGAUAUUAGGAAAGACUGGGCAGCAGCGUAGACGGUUCUAUAGAUAGUCCAUUGUUUCACAAGGCCGAAAUUUGCUUCAGUAUAAAGAUCAUGUCACAAUCUUCCAUUAACUUUCAGCUGGGAAUCGACUUAAACAAUGAUGAGAGAAUGAUACGUAGCAGAAAGAGGGAGAGGGACAAGUUGAAAAGAAAAGGCUAUUGUUUUGCUAGCUAGGUGUUUGGUGAAUAAAAUUGAG